UCUAUGACGCCUGUGGUUCAAUCAAUAACAAAACUUGUGCGAACAUGUUUUCGUACAUUAAGAGCUUGUUGCUAAUUCAUUAGAAAUAGUUGAAGCUUCCAAAACAGUUUUAGUAGCUUAUUUUCUUUGUGCAUUGAUCGUUGCUGGUCCUUUCAGAUUAUAUUUGUUGUAUUGAAAUAGAAUAGUUGUUGCAGCGAUAUGAGCGACAGACAUGGAGGUUCUGCAAAGUUCCAUAGCCCAAGGCAGGUGGUCCUUCCUCCAUUCUCCAACAGGACCCUUCACCAUCCCUCCUUCCUGCCCCUGUACAUGGCAGCCAUGAGGUCGGCCCAGUACCCCUGGAGACCCCACCAACAGCCAGUUGAGGACAGGACAGGUGGACCACCACCCCUCUCAGUACCAGUUAUGACUCCCUCGGAGUUCUUCUACACGGACCCCACCAUGCGCCGGGGACAACGGGUACCGAACAUCGUGACCGAGUUGCAGGUUUUUGAGUGCUUCCAACUCGACACCCCUCGCCCCAUCAUGUCCUUUUGCCCCGCACCCCCCGUCAGACCUGACCCCUUCAGAACACAAGCUCACCCUACCAGAGAUCUGGGUGACCACACCUGGAGGGACCCUCCCCAUCUGCCCAUCACCCACAGGCUGAGGCCCCUUGCACCCAGGCCCAGAGAGAGGGGACGGAGUCAGGCUGUGAUCCAGCUAAGCCUGGAGGAGGAUCAGGCUAUAACCAACCUACUGAAGCUCCAUCACCAAAAGCCUGCCCAUCCAGAGGUCACCACUGCCGUCAUCUCCACCCAGGUGGCUUGUCCUGAAGGGACAUCGCCAAUUGAUCACACCUCAACCCUUAGCCAGCCAUCAGUGGGUCAGUCCAUUCCCACCACCAAACCAUCAUCUCCAGCUGAAGAGAUGGGGCUCUUUCAUAGAGAGGACCAGCUCUUUGUGUUGGACAUCUUGGAGCCCCAACAUCAGAACCAGCCCAGACUGACGUCUGUUGUGGAGCUGGAGGCAGCGAACGCAUUGCUCACUAUGGAUGAGGAGUCGGUCAGUCUGAUGGAUGAUGAAGGGCCCUGGAACCAGACUCAGACCCUGGACAGGCCCUCUAACAGAAGCCCUGAGAAUCUACAUCUCCAGUACUUCUCACCCGAAGAGUGUGAUGGUGAUACACUGCCAUUAGAAGACGAUGAAAGCUGCCUAUCCCCAGAAGCUUUGCCUCCAAUGACCAGUAUUUGUGAUGCGGUGGCUCUGAGAAAUGGGACUGUCACAGAGUCUGAGGGGAUGGCUGUGGAUGCCCUGUUAAUACUGGGUGACCUCACAACCACAUGUUGUCCUCGUUUCAGUUAAUCGCCCACAAAUGUGCACAACAUAUGACAGUUCAUCUCAGGUUCAAUUCGAGAAAACAAAACUGUAAUUGAAGACCUUUUUACAAGUGUGCACCACACAGUUUAAUUAACCACUUCAUUUUCCUUUGUGCCUUUUUGUAUUUUGUUACUUGCCAAAUAGUUCAAAUAUUAUAUUCAUAUUUCAGACUAAAGUCAAUCUUAUUUGAUCUGUUGAAAAAAACACUCCCAUUGAAAAACAUGAUCGAGUUUUAAUAAGAACACUGGUCUUGAGCCAGAGUAAACCCACUCACUCAAACAAACGGAAUGGAAUGUGGUUUUAACCAAUCGGCAUUCAGUAUUAGACCCACCCGUUGUAUAAAGAAGUAAUAGAGACCUGUUGAUAUCAUAACAGUAUGGCUUCACUAGAGCUCCAUGUUACCAAUAUUACUACUGUACAUCACAAACAACCAGGUUUUGUGGUCUUGACAUUAUGUUUGUGACUUGGCUAUGACUUUUUUUGCGUCCAGAAAUGGCAGUCAAAUAUAUUCAACCCUGUAGUGACGAAGAUACAACAGCUGUAGGACUUGUGCUUCGAGUACAAUCCAUUGGAAGGCACUUCAGAGUUUGAUCUAUACUUGAUAUACCACCUGAUACGUGCAAACUGGUAUGGUAUACCUGACUGACAUUGAUGCAGGGGAACUUUUCAACUGGAGCUUUCCUAUGGCAAUGUGUGGGGGUUAGGUGCAGGUUCGCACACACACAAACAUACACUCUCACUCAUACUAUACACUCACUCAAAUACAUACUCAACAUUAAAGAGAGGAGUCCAUUUUUGUUUGCCUGUAAUAAAUUAGUACAUCAUCCUCCUACCAUAUUUUUCAUUUCCUGGUUCUUUAAAGUUCCCUAAAAAAAACAUUCCCCCAUAACUUCCAACAAAUGAGUCAUUUG